UGUUUGGCUAUAAGCGAUGAAGGGCCUCGCUUCUAAUCAUUCGUAAGCUGUUUACUAGUUUAUUACCCACACCGUGCUCUGUGUGAUAAUAAUACAGCGCGUAGAGAUCGUUUAGAGAGAAAACUCAACGAAUACAGUCAUGGCGUGUUGUUGAUGUUGUUGUUGUAUGCUGCACCGGGGUAUCAUUGACACAUCCGAAGGUUUUUCGGUGAUCUACUUGUUCAGUCAUGUGAGCCCUGCUGAAUGGCCUCGAAAGCAGAUUUCCCUCUGUAGAAAGCCCCUCUCAAGGCGUUGCUUGCAUUUAGCCACUAUCGGCCAGUUUUUCGCGGACAAGAUGCAAUCGUAGCGAUUGUACGCGCUCAUCCCGCGCGCGCAGCUUCAGUAUUGGAUCCCUGAAAGUAUUCCCGAGAAAGCUAAUCCGCCAUAUAUAUAUAUCAAAGAUGUCCUCCUCCAAGCGCCCGGCCAAACGCUCACUGAUCGGACUGCGGGUGGCUGCCAAGCGCGACACCGGCUUCUAUGAACCGGCCACCGUCGCCGAUGUGACCAAUAAGCAGGUAGCCGGUGCCAGCUUCGCCGGCGCCGCACAUCCUGCCCAGGGUGAUAAGCUCCUGCUCAAAUUCGACGACGGCAACCAGCAGUGGUACCUGGAACGCCAGAUCAUCGGGCAAGGGUUUCAGUCGAUUAAUUCGGCGUGCCUGCCAGUGGGCCAGUUAGUGUACUGUACCGUGGGGCAUCGUGAGACGUCCGGCCGGAUUGUCGGCAGCGUGGCCGGCAAGAGUCCACAAGUGUUUGAGAUUGCAUUAGAGGACGGAAGUGAACGGCGCAUCCAGCGCAAACAGGACGAUAUGCGUCUCAUUAAGUCGCGCAAAUCCGCUCGCAUUACGGCCGACAAGGACAAGGACUACCAUUCCUUGGCGCUGGGCAAGAUUCCCCACGACAUCUCACUGGAGUCGCUGCCGGAACUCCCGGUCCCGUCGUUUUCCAUCGCCACAAAUCGGAAGCGCAGUGUGCCGGUGGCCGUGGAGACCAACUUUGACGUCCUGUCCAUCCCCGGUCCGUUGGAUACGCGCGCCUACCGCGAACUCAACGACGUGUACGAAUCGCCGGAUGCCGAUUCGGAUGAGAGUAAUCUGGGGGAGCGCGGUGGCAGCGCCGCCGCCGACGGCCAGGGCGAUGUGCUGAUGGAUGAGUGCUCAGCGGCGCUGGUGCUCAUGAGUCUGGGCGCCUCCUCGCCCGGGAACAAGCUGCAUAUGCCGCCGCAACUGGAUCUGCACGAGGACGCCGGCUUCCAGAGCGGCACAUCUUGCCCUAGCACGUACGGGUCCUCGUGGCCGUCGGAGCGGAACAUGGGUCGGCAGCGCCAGCUGUCCAACUCUACCGGCUCCAGCGGCCCGACGAGCGGCGUAUCGUCACUGCACCGGCCCAUCUCGCCGGCUUCGUUCCACGACUCCACGUCCACCACGGCCUCCAGCGACGAGGGCAUCGAGAUGGCCAGCUCCAUGUCGGCCAUGGACCAUGAUUACGCUGCCGGCUGGCCGGAGGCCUCUGAUUUCCACGAGCGACCCCGCAAACGCCGGCCGUCAAACAGUGUCGUGUUCCAAUGCACAUGGCCGGAGUGUCAGCACAUGGAGUCAACGCGAGCCGGUGUGACCAAGCACAUCCAGAAUGUGCACUUUGCGUCAGCUGGACUGCCGGCCGAUGAUCUGGAGUUCUAUUACAACGAGAUAGACGGCAGCAGCCACAGCGGCAGCAGUCCGCCGGUGCUCGAUCUCCUGGCGCCGCAUAGUCACUUCCGGCUGCCGCCGGGGACGGCGGUGGGGGGACAGCGGCAGCGCUCCACGCUGUCGGCCUCGUCAGACGGGACCGGGGGGCGUUUUGGCCCGCGGACCGGCUCGGCCAAGCCCAUCACGAUUCCGCACCGGCCGGCCACCGGCAAACGCCACGAAUGGGAAUCGGCUUCGGCUCCGCAAUACGGCCACUCGGACAUGCACAGUCUUUCGCCGUCGGCAAUUCGCCAUCUGCAGAAGGGUCGGGAUGUGAAGAAAUGCCGCAAAGUGUACGGCAUGGAGAACCGCGAAAUGUGGUGCACGCAGUGCAAAUGGAAGAAGGCCUGCACCCGCUUCGCGGAACUGAACGCCUAAUAACGAGGAAGACGACCUUUUGAAUGAGUAUACGAUGGAUGAUGUGGACAGUUUGGCUGGCGUUUCAUGGACUGUGUUGUGUGGCUGUGUUCUGACGGGAUAUAAAAUUCAUUCGUGGGAGAACGAGAAACACGCGUCUUCCUCCUGAUCUCUCCUUCUCCUGCUGUCAUUAAACUGCGUUCAGUUGCCCGCCCGCGGACGCUGGCUGUUCCUUGCUUCCCGUGUGUGCGAUGCAUCCGCGCAUCCGUGCACCCUUUGCCAUUCAGCGGGGGCAGCGGCGCCCGGGGGCGGGGGGAUGGCCCGCGUUCUUCUGUUUUCUGAUUGGUGGACAAAUGGACAAAUGCCCGACAUUAAUUUCAGUAUCUCAUCAAAGAAUUUUAGUUUAUUUGAUUAUAAUAUUUUACACACACAUUUUAUUUUAUUUUCUGUUUUAUUCGUUUUUAAUAAUCCAGCGUUGGUGUAAUUGGUCGACACACCCACUGCCCAUUGUCGCACGCGUGCGUUAAUUUGUUCGUAGUGUCGCAUUUGCGUUUUAGAGCGGUGUCACGUGAUACAUACAGUUUUUAGCUCGUUUUGAUCUUCUUCACAAUUUUUUUUGUACAGCUGCGGUUUUGAGCCGGCGACGAUGGUGCUGUAACGUGUUUCCCAUGUUUCUUUUUUGCACCUGUGUUUCUUAAUUUUGCAAUCACUGCCGAUUUUCCUGUGUGGGAAAUUUCUUCAUUCGUCUGUCUGAUUUGUUGACGCUGAUGUUCCGAUUGUACAGAAAAUUGUAUGUAAUUUCUUCUUCCUCAAAAAUGGAGAAUGUGAAUAAAAAUUCCUUGACAUUAA